UGGCCGGGGCGUGCGGUGGGCGGGGCGCCGCGCUGACGUUGCCCGGGAUGCGGGCAGGUUCCGCCGCCUCCGCCACCGCCGCUGCCGCCGCCUCGCCUCGCCUCGCUGGCCAGCGGGGUUUGUAUGAAAACAGCAGGCGGCGGGCGGCGAGGGAUCCGCCGUGCGCCCUGCGAGCAGCCGCCGACGCGGCCGGCGCCCAGCUCGGUGCCACGGCUCGGCGCACUUGCCGCGCCAGCGCCCCAUCCUGAGCCGGGGUGCGCCCCCGCCGCGGUCCGUGCGUCCUGGCCGGCAGCCCCUCACCUGACAGGUUAUCUGCAAUGAUGAAAUGAAGUAACUCAAGAUGAGCAAGUUAAAAGUGGCAUCAGAGAAAAGCAGUGUGACCAAUAAUUCUCGGAUUGUGGGACUCCUGGCUCAGUUGGAGAAGGUAAAUGCUGAAUCUGCAGACGCUGACGCUACCAGAUAUGUCACAUCAAAGAUUCUUCAUCUCGUUCAAAGUCAAGAAAAAACGAGGAGAGAGAUGACGGCCAAAGGCUCUACAGGAAUGGAGGUUCUGCUAACCACCUUAGAGAACAUGAAAGAUCUUCAGACUGCACUUAAUAUCUUAAACAUUCUUGUUGAGCUGGUGUCCGCUGGUGGAGGUCGAAGAGCAAGUUUCUUAGUUGGCAAAGGUGGUUCACAAAUACUGUUACAAUUGCUUACGAAUGCCAGCAAAGAAUCUCCCCCAAAUGAGGAGUUAAUGAUACAGAUUCAUUCAGUUCUGGCAAAGAUCGGACCAAAAGAUAAAAAAUUUGGAGUGAAAGCUAGAAUUAAUGGGGCUCUGAAUAUCACCCUGAAUUUGGUCAAGCAGAAUUUGCAGAAUCAUCGCUUGGUUUUACCUUGCCUUCAGCUUUUACGAGUGUACUCUGCCAACUCUGUGAAUUCGGUGUCUUUAGGGAAAAAUGGAGUUGUGGAAUUGAUGUUCAAAAUCAUCGGACCAUUUAGUAAGAAGAAUUCCAGUGUUAUGAAGGUUGCUUUAGACACUCUUGCUGCAUUGCUAAAAUCAAAAACAAAUGCCAGGAGAGCUGUAGACAGAGGAUAUGUGCAAGUGCUUUUAACAAUUUAUGUAGAUUGGCACCGCCAUGACAGUCGGCAUAGAAACAUGCUCGUCCGAAAAGGAAUUUUACAGAGCUUAAAAAGUGUUACAAACAUCAAGUUGGGAAGAAAAGCAUUUAUUGAUGCCAAUGGGAUGAAAAUUUUGUAUAAUACUUCACAAGAAUGUUUGGCGGUCAGGACUCUUGAUCCUCUUGUCAACACCUCCAGUCUGAUCAUGAGAAAGUGCUUCCCCAAAAACCGCCUGCCACUGCCAACCAUUAAAAGCUCUUUCCAUUUCCAGUUGCCAGUUAUUCCUGUGACUGGCCCGGUGGCCCAGCUGUACAGUUUGCCCCCUGAAGUGGAUGACGUAGUAGAUGAAAGUGAUGACAACGAUGAUAUUGAUAUAGAAGCCGAAAACGAAACUGAGAAUGAAGAUGACCUCGAUCAGAAUUUUAAGAAUGAUGAUAUUGAAACAGACAUUAACAAACUAAAGCCCCAGCAAGAGCCUGGACGAACAAUUGAAGAACUAAAAAUGUAUGAACACCUUUUCCCUGAGCUUGUUGAUGAUUUUCAGGGCUAUGAUUUAAUCUCCAAAGAACCAAAGCCUUUUCUGUUUGAGGGGAAAGUUCGAGGUCCUAUUGUCGUUCCCACCGCAGGAGAGGAGGCUUCUGGGAGUUCUGGCAGUUCAAGAAGAGGCGGUGCCGCAAAGGAGAGCGCAUCACCUCGGGGAGAGGAAGGUGACAGGAAACCUGCCGCGACGGCUGGAGCCAAAGAAGACAGGAAAGGGAGUGAGCGAGCAUUGCAGCAGCAGCUGGGUGAUCCAAGCAGAACUGCCCCAUCAGCCCCCGGCUUCAACAGUGACCUCGUGAAGGCCUUGGACAGGAUUACUUUGCAGAAUAUGCCCUCUGAGACCGCCCCGGGGCUCACCGCUGGUAUGAAGAAGGACUACAACCUCCCUCUCACCGUCCUCUCGUGCGCCAAAGUCUGCCCGCACGUGUCCUCCUGCGGGAAUUCUCUCUUCGAGGGAAGAGCGGUUCAGCUGGGGAAGCUGUGCUGUACCGGUGUGGGGGCUGAAGAUGACGAGGAUACGGAGUCUAAUUCCUCUGUGGAUCAGGCGUCAGCUGAGUUACCCGAAGGGCCGACGCUGCAUGAUGCGGAACUGUACAUCGAGGUGGUGAAGAGUACGAAGUCUGUCCCGCAGUACUCAGAGGUGGCUUACCCAGAUUAUUUUGGUCACAUACCACCUCCUUUCAAAGAACCAAUUUUGGAAAGGCCUUACGGUGUACAGAGGACAAAAAUUGCCCAAGACAUUGAGAGACUAAUACAUCAGAGUGAUAUCAUAGAUCGGGUGGUAUAUGACCUAGACAAUCCAAAUUACACCAUUCCAGAGGAAGGAGAAAUUUUGAAGUUUAACUCCAAAUUUGAGUCUGGGAAUCUACGUAAAGUAAUUCAAAUUAGAAAAAAUGAGUAUGAUCUUAUUCUGAAUUCAGAUAUAAACAGCAAUCAUUAUCAUCAGUGGUUUUAUUUUGAAGUCAGUGGAAUGCGGCCCGGGGUUGCUUACAGAUUCAACAUCAUUAAUUGUGAGAAAUCCAACAGUCAAUUUAAUUAUGGAAUGCAGCCACUCAUGUAUUCGGUUCAGGAAGCAUUAAAUGCCAGGCCAUCUUGGAUUCGUAUGGGGACUGACAUUUGCUACUAUAAAAAUCACUUCUCAAGAAGUUCAGUUGCAGCAGGUGGGCAAAAGGGAAAAUCCUACUAUACAAUUACGUUCACUGUCAACUUCCCCCAUAAAGAUGACGUUUGCUACUUUGCCUACCACUAUCCAUAUACAUACUCAACCUUGCAGAUGCAUCUUCAAAAAUUGGAGUCCGCACAUAAUCCUCAGCAGAUCUACUUCCGCAAAGAUGUGUUAUGUGAAACCUUGUCUGGAAAUACCUGUCCCUUGCUGACCAUCACGGCGAUGCCGGAGUCUAACUACUACGAACAUAUCUGUCAGUUCAGAAAUCGCCCUUACAUUUUCCUGUCUGCUCGCGUACAUCCUGGAGAAACUAAUGCAAGCUGGGUGAUGAAGGGAACAUUGGAGUAUCUCAUGAGUAAUAACCCUACUGCUCAAAGCUUACGAGAAUCUUAUAUUUUUAAAAUUGUCCCAAUGCUCAAUCCAGAUGGUGUCAUCAAUGGAAACCACCGCUGUUCUCUAAGUGGAGAGGAUUUAAACAGACAGUGGCAGAGUCCCAAUCCUGAUCUGCACCCCACAAUCUACCACGCCAAGGGGCUGCUGCAGUACCUGGCCGCAGUGAAGCGCUUACCUCUGGUUUAUUGUGACUAUCAUGGCCAUUCCCGAAAGAAGAAUGUGUUUAUGUAUGGCUGCAGCAUCAAGGAGACAGUGUGGCACACCCACGAGAAUGCAUCUUCUUGUGAUGUUGUAGAAGAUACGGGAUACAGGACACUGCCGAAGAUACUCAGCCAUAUUGCCCCGGCAUUUUGCAUGAGCAGCUGUAGCUUCGUAGUGGAAAAAUCUAAGGAAUCCACGGCGCGUGUUGUGGUUUGGAGAGAAAUAGGAGUACAAAGAAGUUACACAAUGGAGAGCACUUUGUGUGGCUGUGACCAGGGAAAGUACAAGGGUUUACAGAUUGGCACUCGAGAAUUGGAAGAGAUGGGAGCAAAAUUUUGUGUUGGUCUGUUGCGUUUGAAAAGAUUGACAUCCCCUUUGGAAUACAAUCUGCCUUCCAGCCUGCUCGACUUUGAAAAUGACUUAAUUGAAUCCAGUAAAGUAACUAGGAAACUUGGCAGUUCUGAACUCCAGUUUUUGCCUGCAGUCCUUUGAAAUGACUGAACCUCGAUGGCUCCCCUACUUCUAGCCGCUGCGCCUUGCUUGGCCUUGGUUUACGCUGGACUUUGCCCCCUUGCGCCUUUUGUGUUUGCUGAUUUUGCAUUGUAUCCUUUCACUGGAAUAAGCCACAACUGUGAACCUGACCACGUGCUGCGUGCUGCAUCCCCCUAGCCCAUCAAGGAUGGAUUUCUGUGUAGUGUGUUCAUCUCGGGGAGUGUAGCGUUCUCCUGAGAGCAAGCAGACACCGUGGCAUUGCCAUCGAAGCUCAAAGGGACGAAGUGGCCCGAGGGCCCACAGAGUGGUUCCUGCAGAACCAGCAACUGGACUCAGCUCCAGCUCCGAAAUUCCCAUUCCUUUAUGUAUCUUGUAUUCUCUUCCAAGCAUAUAAGUCGAAUUAGUGGAAUGCACCAAUUGUAGUGUUUGGAGUGGUCCUGCAUGGUGUUCUGACCGUCUCGUGUUGUCCUUAAGGAAUGCCUGUAGGUGAAUAGUGAGUAAAGCUGAGUAAAGUGACUUGACUAAUUACUGUUUCCUAGAGUUAGCUGAUACUUUUUCCCCCAACAAAUGUAUCAAUAAAUUAGCUUAUUUCUUUCCCUUUUUUCAAAUGGAUAUUAUUUUCACCAGCCCUGUGUGUAUGCAGUUGCCACGUAUGACUAACAAAAAUUGUUAAUUGUGUUUUCUGUGGAUUAUUUUGUUUAUUUUGUGAUGUUUAGGAGAUGCUGUAAUUGUCCUAAGAUUGGAAUCUAAUUGUAUAAAUAAAAUGUCCUCUAGUA